AUGUCGUUCCAAGCAUUGGACAAGGACACACGGCCGAGAUUUGAUGGCUUCGCCCAACCGCAUAUGAAGGACAAGGGUCCCUUCACCGUCGAGGCCGCCGGCUACGAGAAGAAAGAUGGCGAGACCAUACCAAGACGGCAUCCUCUUGCCAAAGACAAGCUGUUUGACAGGCCUUCCUCGGAUGUGUCAACUACGUACGAGAACCUCAAGAGAUCGGCAAAGAAGUUUGGCAAUAACAAAGCGAUUGGCACCCGCAAGCUGAUCAAAGAACAUGUGGAGAACAAGAAGGUCAAGAAGAUCGUUGACGGCGUUGAGAAGGAGGUCGACAAGAAAUGGACCUACUACGAGCUGAGCGGCUACGAGUACAUGUCGUUCCUCGACUAUGAGAAGCUGGCACUCGAUCUGGGUUCAGGCCUUGCAGGUCUCGGCAUAACAUCAUCCGAUAAGAUACACCAAUAUGGUGCCACCAGCGCGAAUUGGCUUGCUAUGUCUCACGCCGCAGCCUCGCAAUCGAUUCCUAUUGUGACUGCAUACGAUUCACUGGGUCCCGACGGCUUGAAGCAUUCACUCCAGCAGACCGGCUCCAAGGCCAUCUUCAUCGACCCAAAUCUGCUCAGCACCCUCGCAAGUGUUGUCGGAGAUGCUCCAUCCAUCGAACACAUUAUAUACAACACCCUCCCAGAGAGCAAGAGUCUGAGUAAAGAUAUCGAAAGCCUGAAAAGCAAGCGGAGCUCUCUUAACGUACUCAGCAUCGAUGAGCUACGUAAAGCGGGUGCCGACAAGCCCGUCGAGGCCAAGCCACCAACUCCUGACGACAUCUGCUGCAUCAUGUACACAUCCGGCUCGACUGGACCGCCCAAAGGUGUCAUUUUGAAGCAUCGGCAGGUCGUCGCCUCAAUGGCUGGCGUCCAAACCGUCGUUGGACCUUACAUCGGCCCCUCGGACGCUCUCCUCACCUAUCUUCCACAGUCACAUAUUCUCGAGUUCAUGUUCGAGAAUGCAUGUCUCUAUUGGGGCGGUGUUAUGGGCUACGGGAGUCCAAAGACACUUUCCGAUGCAUCAGUCCGCAAUUGUAAAGGCGACAUCAGGGAAUUUCAGCCUACAAUUCUUGUUGGUGUACCCGCAGUGUGGGAAUCAGUGAAGAAAGGCAUCCUCUCUAAGGUGAAUGCCGGAUCUGCAGUGGUGAGAAGCAUGUUUUGGGGCGCUAUGUCGCUCAAGCAAACGCUGCUCGGUUAUGGCCUUCCUGGCGCGGGUGUUCUUGAUGCUGUUGUGUUCAAGAAGCUCAAGGAUGCCACGGGUGGCCGACUGCGCAUUGCUUUCACGGGUGGCGGGCCCAUAUCUGAAGAUACUGUCAAGUUCAUCAGUUAUGCAGUCACACCCAUGAUCUCUGGCUAUGGUCUGACAGAGACAUCUGCCAUGGGCUGCAUCCAGGAGCCAUUCCACUGGGAUCCUUCUGCAUUAGGUGAUAUCACCGGCUCCAUCGAGAUCAAGCUUGUCGACUUCGCGGAUGCUGGUUACCAUUCGACCAAUAACCCGCCUCAGGGUGAGAUCUGGAUUCGCGGUCCACCUGUGACCGAAGGUUAUUGGGACAAUGAGAAGGAAACCAAGGAAGCCUUUGAGGAUGGCUGGUUCAAGACCGGAGACAUUGGAGAAUGGAACAAGAAUGGCCACCUGCGCAUCAUCGAUCGCAAGAAGAACUUGGUCAAGACUCUCAACGGCGAAUACAUUGCAAUCGAGAAGCUCGAGUCUACUUAUCGCUCAGCACCAGUCGUUGGCAACAUCUGCUGCUACGCUUCAAGCGAGAAAUCCAAACCUAUUGCCAUCGUUGUGCCAGUCGAGGCUGCUUUGAAGAAGCUUGCUUCCGAGAACGGCAUCCAGGGCGACAGCGUGGAGGAGCUGGUCCAUCAGAAGAAAAUGAAGGACGUUGUUCUCAAGGAGCUGCAGAAGGUUGGCAGAAACUUGGGUCUCCAAGGUAUUGAGAUCAUUGAAGGAGUCGUGCUCACUGAAGAAGAGUGGACCCCACAGAGUGGCUUUAUCUCACCCGCGCAGAAGCUGCAACGCAAGAAGAUCCUCGAUCACUACCAGAAGGAGGUCAAGGAAGCCUAUGGCGAUUCCUGA